UUGGUCUUUCCCAGCCCAUUGAAAGGGAAACAAAGGGACAGAGACAGCGCAGAAAGCUGGCAACUGAAAAGCAGGUUGGGGUGGAGAACCGAGAUCUUGCGUAGCAAUGGCACGAACACGGAGAGCAUUGCCCAUCCAAUACGUCUUGACACUUGCGCUAACAUGUCUGACUGCUCCGCUCCUUUUUGCAAAUGUUGCUCGUUUUGUUGCGCCAAUCUACGGUCACUUCCUCGCAAGCCAGUACCACUUUCACGCUGCAACUGCGUCAGUUUUGAUCGGUGGGGUGUUGGGUUACUUUAGAGUUCCAAAGAAUGCACGGUUGCCUUUGUCGAUAGGCAUAGCGUCCCUAUUGGGACUAAUGAUUGGCUACAUGCGCUUCUCCUUCGACUAUAGUGGCACACUAGGUCCUACAUUCGGCCCUCUUGUGAGCAUGGCAAUAGUCUAUCCAGUCCUGGGCCUCCAAGCCGCAGCAUUAGUAUCGAGACUCCCGCAAAAGAAGAUGGACAGUGCUCUCCUCGUUUGCGGAGUGUUAGUUGGCAGUUUUUUGAAUGCGAAGAAAGUAGACACAUUAGCUCGGAAGUUGGUGGAUGUGAAGACGUGCGGCAUCAUCGACCUGGCAAUUUAUGGAUGGAUUACAUUAGCGUUCUUGGAUGCACUGGACAUGUGGCCCCGCACGGUAGACGUACCAUCACCUGCGUUGCAGGAAGAGAAAUCCAACGCAGAUAGUAAAGGAGAAAAAAAGGGGAAAAAGAGAACAUCUGGCAAACAAGAAGAAAAAAAGGAGACUGGUGUGCAAUCGACCGCACCUCUUCCAGCAUCCGACGGUCGUAGUGUGAUGAGCAAGAGCUUUAACCUUAUAUUGGCUAUCGCACUACCGCUGCUCCUACGGAGCUCUUUCGAUGGAGGACUUCAGUGCAACUUGCCCUCUGUCAAGCCUGAGCAACACGGCAAGUACUCAAUUCUAGCGCGUGACGAGUCUGUCACUGGCUACCUGUCGGUCAUUGAGGAUCCCAAUCUCCACGAUGGUACACGCUUUUUGCGCUGUGAUCAUUCUCUCAUCGGCGGUGCUUACCUGCAGCAUGAGAUGGAUUCUGUCUUUGGAUCGUUCUACUAUCUUGACUUUGUUCGCUUUGUCGACCGCAAAAAGGACGACACUGAGAGGGCUUUGCAGAUCGGAUUGGGCAUAGGUGUGACAACGCGGUCGCUGACCCUUCACACACCAAUCCAGGUAGACUUGGUGGAACUCGACCCGAUUGUGUAUACCUAUGCACGCAAGUAUUUUGAUCUACCGGAACCUCAUUCUGUUCACUUUGGGGACGGCCGGGCUUUCCUCGAUGAAUCUCCCGACGGUGUAUACGAUUAUGUUUUACAUGAUGUGUUCACGGGAGGCUUGGUUCCGUCAACGUUAUUUUCGGUUGAAGCGCUUCAGAAUGUCCGCAGGGUGUUGAAGCCCAACGGAGUUUUGGCUUUGAACUACGUUGGAACACUGGAUUCUCUCGCCACUAAGGCCGUCAUCAAGACUUUACAUACAGUGUUUCCGAACCUCGAAUGCUAUACAGAAGACCCUAAAGAAGCAGCCGGUCCGGAUGCCAUAUAUAACAUUGUUUUCUUUGCGUCGAGCAAGCGGAUUGUAUUUCUCCCCCCGAGCCAGGAUGACAUGGCGAGAGGAGGCUUGUAUGCAGAGUUUCUCAAGACAUUUGAUGAUCAUCGGGUUGAUCUGGAUUUCAGAACCGUGGCUGGGGAGCUGAUGACGGAUAAGAAAAACAUGUUGCCCAAAUUACAAAUUGAGAGCGCUAAGAAGCAUUGGAAAGUGAUGAGGACGCUGUUCGGGAUCGAGUUUUGGGGAGUCUAAAGACUUUGUAUGCCGUUGUGCAAGGAGUGCCUUAUUCCUAGGGCCAAAGUCUCUAAUAUAUUUGAUGUUCACUGCUUUGGCUGUGUAUAUCGCACAUUAAACUGAUA